UCUUUUUAGUCGAUGAAUGAGAAUAUGAUUUCUGAAUCCACAACCUCUAACCACCUUCCAAACAUAGUCUCUCACCUCCAUUUUCCAUUCCACGGUGCUUCUCUCUCAUCAAACAGCAUCACUUUUCCUCCAAUCCGCUUCAGGCACGCAUCAGAGCUCCUACAGCCACGCGUUCUCUAUUGAAGCCUCGUUAGCGCACUCCAUUAUCAGCUCUUCAUUUUCAUUCUCGCGCCUCAGAGAGCCUCAUUUCAUUUGUCUCGAUUCGUCUUCGUCGCGUCUUCACUCUCUCGAGAGAGCUCCUCAUCCUUCAACCAUAUCUUCAGUUUUCAACCUCGUAAGUUUUCCUCGUCACAGAAUCUUCAUUUUAUUCUCUGCCUCGUUACAUUUCCUCUCCACAAAACCUAGCCUCUUCACAUAUCCUCUGCUAGGGUUUCUCACCGAUCUUCAUCCUUUUCACCUUUACCUUAGAUUUCAUCGAUUGAAACAUCAUUUUUCCCACUUUCCACCGAACAAACACCAUUCUACCGAUUGAUUCUUCGAUUAGCGCCAUUCUCACCGUUCAAUCUCCAUUUCACACCGGUUAAUCGGUUCCUUUUAUGUUUUCCCCCUUUUCUAGGGUUCCAUCGGUCAGUUUAGGGUUUCUGGUUCCGAUUACGGUUCUAGUGAGUUCAAUCUCACUUUUGGUCCGAUUAGGGUUUCGAUUUCGUUUUCUCGAGUGUAUAUGUCAUUUCCGCAGCGUUCUUACUCGUCGGAGGAAGCUUCGAAGUAAUUGCGUCGCGCCUUCGGUCACUUCUCGGAGCUGCUUUUCCAUCAACUAUGCUAAAAGAGAAGUAAGGAUCUUGUGUGAUAAGGCGAAAGAGAUUUUGAUGGAAGAGAGCAAUGUGCAGAUGGCAGAGCUGGCAGCUGAGAAACAUGUUCGCUACAUAUUAUCAGUUGAAAAGAGGAAAGAUAAUUUUGAAUCUGUGGUAAUGGAGCAUCUAAGAAUGAGUGGGGCAUACUGGGGAUUGACUGCUCUGGAUCUUCUGGGAAAGCUUGGUAGUGUUGAUGUUGAUGAGGUUACUUCAUGGUUGCUGAGUUGUCAACAUGAGUCAGGGGGAUUUGGUGGAAAUAUUGGUCAUGACCCGCACAUCCUGUAUACACUAAGUGCCUUGCAGGUGUUGGCUCUCUUUGAUAAGAUGGAUGUUAUUGAUGUAGAUAAGGUGACAAAUUAUAUUGUCAGCCUGCAAAAUGAAGAUGGAUCCUUUUCAGGGGAUAUGUGGGGUGAAGUUGAUACGCGGUUCUCAUAUAUUGCUAUUUGUUGCUUAUCAAUAUUACAUCGCUUGGAUAAAAUCAAUGUGGAGAAAGCUGUGAAGUACAUUAUAAGUUGCAAAAAUAUGGAUGGUGGUUUUGGUUGCACCCCUGGUGGGGAAUCUCAUGCUGGUCAAAUUUUCUGUUGUGUGGGAGCCCUUGCCAUAACGGGGUCACUAGAUCUUGUUGACAAGGACCUACUAGGUUGGUGGUUAUGUGAGCGACAGGUUAAAUCUGGAGGUCUGAAUGGGCGUCCUGAGAAACUCCCUGAUGUCUGCUACUCGUGGUGGGUUCUUUCUAGCCUGACCAUGAUUGAUAGAGUUCAUUGGAUCAGUAAGGAGAAGCUUAUAAGGUUUAUCCUAGACUGCCAGGACACAGAAAAUGGUGGGAUUUCAGACAGGCCAGAUGAUGCCGUGGAUGUAUUUCACACAUUCUUCGGGGUGGCAGGACUUUCACUUCUUGAAUAUACAGGAGUGAAACCGAUAGAUCCAGCUUAUGCCUUACCUGUUGAUGUUGUAAAUCGGAUUUUCUUUACGAAAUAAUAGUGAAGUAGUUCAGUUCGAUGAUAUUAUCCAGUAAUGACUCACUCUUUGGAGUUGGAUCUACCACCCUCGGCGAAAAACAGUUAAUUAUUUUCUAAACAAAAUGUUUACAUUUUUAGCUUCUUUAAUUAAAUUUAUGUGAUACGAAUAGGAUUGUUCAGUGUUGUAUCAAAGAUUUUAAAUAUAUAUAUAUAUUUAAAAUAUGUAAGAAUAGAAGAAGAAAAGAGAAAAAAUUACUUUCAUGUUC